GUUAGAUUAUUGCACUUCAGAAAUAGUAUUGAUAUUAAUAAAUAUCAAAUAAAAUGCAGUUGUAUGCUUUUAUUUAAAUUAUUUAUAUUGGGUUCGUUUAUGUGAUAAAUCAUCCUAACAAUUAAUGGUGUGAAGUAGUAGUACAAUAUUAUUAUUUUGCUUAUUCAACGUUUUUAUGUUACCUCCUGUUUUCAGAAGUGGCUUAUAAUUAUAAAGCUAAGCCUAUUUGUAAGUUUGGAAUAUAAUUAUAAGGAUGACAGACAAAGAUUAUGCUCCCCUAAGUGCAGCAUGUGUUCGAGCUUUAAAUGAUAAAAUUUAUGAGAAAAGGAAAACAGCUGCUUUGGAAAUAGAAAGAACAGUAAAAGAAUGUGCUGCUGCUGAUAAUUCGGCAAAGAUUGUUAAAAUUAUACAAAUUCUAGGUAAAGACUUUGCUAACUCUCAGAACCCUCAUACAAAAAAAGGUGGUUUAAUUGGAUUAGCAGCUGUAGCUGUAGCAUUAGGAAAAGACACUUCAUUAUAUAUAAAAGAUUUGGUGGUUCCAAUUGUUGCUUGUUUUAAUGAUAGUGAUUCAAGAGUAAGAUAUUAUGCAUGUGAAUCUUUGUAUAAUGUAGUAAAGGUUGCAAGAGGUGCAAUUAUUCCCCAUUUUACUUUAGUAUUUAGUGCACUGAGUAAAAUAGCUACUGAUCCUGAACAAAGUGUUAAAAAUGCUUCUGAACUCUUAGAUAGACUUAUGAAGGAUAUUGUAACAGAAAACAGGUCCUUUGAUUUGGAAAAUUUUAUGCCACUAUUAAGGGAAAGAAUUUAUAGUAAACAUUCCUUUUCUCGUCAGUUUAUUAUCUCCUGGAUAUCAGUAUUAGAUGCAGUACCUGACAUUGACCUUGCCAUGUAUUUGCCAGAGAUAUUAGAUGGUCUCUUUCGAAUAUUAGAUGACCCUAUGCUUGAAGUAAAGAAAAUGUGUGACAGUGUACUAGGUGAAUUUCUCAGAAGCAUCAAACGAGAUCCUACUAGAGUUGACUUUUCAAACAUGGUCAAUAUUUUAAUUAAUCAUGCUCAAGAAAGGAAUAAUGACAUUUUACAAUUCACUGCAAUAACAUGGAUUAAGGAGUUUGUGCAGUUAUCAGGCCCCACAAUGUUACCCUUUAUGUCAGGUAUUUUGACUGCAAUUCUCCCCUGCUUAGCAUAUGAAGCGGAUUCUCGAAGAAUGACAGACAUUAAAGAAACAGCUACAACUGUAAACCACAAUUUAAUGAAACUUGUGGCUCUCCAAGUGGAAGAUGAGUUUAAUUUUCCCAAAAAAAAUUCAGCUGAAUUGAUCACAAAUGAAUUAGAUCUAGCAUCUGUUGUUGAUGUUCUAACUCAGCAUGUUUUGCAUCACUCUGUUCAAACUAAAGUGGCUGUGUUAAGAUGGAUUUAUCAUCUUUUUGUGAAAUUACCAGACAAGAUGUUUUAUUAUUUUGAUGUAAUUUUUCCUUCUUUGCAAAAAAUUUUGUCUGAUCCAUCUGAUGAAGUGGUGCAGCAGUGCUUGGUAGUAAUCGCAGAAAUCAUUUCUUCUCCGGCCAGAGAAAAAAAAGAUAGUAUUUCCAGAAAGUCUUUUGGCGACUUGGAAAAUGCAAAUCCUUAUUAUUUAAAAUUCGUGACCACCCUGUUGGAAUCUUUCAAUAAAGACAAAUGUUUAUUAAACGAUAGAGGAUCCUUUAUUAUUAGGCAGUUGUGUGUGUUACUAAACGCUGAAGACAUUUAUUGCACUUUAGCAAAGAUUUUAUUGCGAGAAACAAAUUUAAAUUUUGCCAGCGUCAUGGUGGAAACUCUUAGCAUGAUUUUACUCACUUCGCCGGAACUUUUUGAAUUGCGAAAUAAAUUAAAAGACCUGGAGGACGAAUUGUGUUACACAUUUCAGGAAUCGUGCCUGUUAUUUUGUUGUUUGUAUGAUACUUGGUGUCACAAUCCGGUGGCUACGGUAGCCCUAUGUUUGUUAACACAGUGUUACUGGCACGCUUGUGAACUUAUAAAAGUUUUAGGCUGUUUAGAAAUUUCUGUUGAUUUCUUAACAGAAAUUGAUAAACUAGUUCAACUUAUUGAAUCUCCAAUAUUUGCAUAUCUAAGGCUACAGUUGCUAGAAAUACCGUGUGAUGAAGACUUGAUAAGAGCUUUAUAUGGGUUAUUGAUGUUAUUACCUCAAACAGAAGCAUUUCAUAUGCUAAAAACACGGCUGAGUUGCAUCCCCAGUUUAUAUUUGGAUUAUGGCAAACGCAAAAAUUCUUUAGAAGCCAAACCAUUACCAAAGAGAUUUAAAACAAUAGAUUUUAAGAAACUCUUAAAUAACUUUCUUUUAAUUCAGGACAAGCACAGAGAUGUGAAGAAAACUACCCGAAUUGAUGAAAUUGUGACUUUAAGAAAAGUUACAAAUAAUUUAUAAGUCAAACCGUCCAUUUAUACAUUCAGUUUUACUUAAAAUAAUCAUUUUAUAUUGUCAAUAGCACACAUAUGACUUAUUGUUUGUAUUACCAAACAUAUAAUUUAAUUAGUUGAUAAAAAACUAAUUCAACCCAUAUAGAUAUAUAAU